UUAGCUACUACCAAGUGCAUAUAAUUCAUUCUUUCCAUCACUCAAGUUCUUAGGCAGAGCAAGAGAAAGAAACAGUUACCAUCAGACAUGGAAAGAAGAUCACAGAAUUUGAAGAGUACUAGUACGUUGCUGCUGUUGAUCAUGUUCAUGGUUCAUCUUCUUGUUUCUACAGCUGAGGCGGCAGAUUUUGCGAUUCCGGUCACAACCUUCUCGCCACCAGAGGGCAACACGACGUUUUUGGAUGGUACGACAUGGUGCAUUGCUAAGCCAGGGGUGUCACAGGUUGAUUUGCAAAUAGCACUGGACUGGGCCUGUGGAUUGGGAUCAACUGACUGUAGUCCUAUUCGAUCCGAUGGGCCUUGUUUUAAACCAGAUACUCUACUCUCUCAUGCUUCUUAUGCAUUCAACAGCUAUUACCAAGUGAAUGGGAAUAAUGAUGUUGCUUGCACUUUUGGUGGAACAGCUACUCUUACUAAAAACAAUCCAAGUUACGGAAAGUGUAUUUACGCCUCAUCACGGCCGGACUCUUCCUCUACGUUUCUUUCACAAAAUACGAGUUUUUUGUGGUUGCCAAUUUUAUGUCUUAUACUGUUGGUUGUAAGAAAUUGAAGCUAAAAAUAAGUAAAAUUUAAGCAUGAAAUUGAAGUUAAAUUUAGUAAAAUUUAACCACAUGUAUUGUGCUUGUGUUUUUUUGUAGUGAAAAACAUAGAAAUUACUUAGAGGAACUGUAACAUUGUUU